CCCCCCCGCUCCUCCACCCCUUCCCCAACAGAUGAAGGCCCCCCCUCGUUUCGCCGGGAUGCCCCCCGCACGCAGACUCAGCUGGAGGGGAACCGAUUGGUGCUCACGUGCCUGGCCGACGGGAGCCUCCCCAUGCAGUACCGCUGGCUCCGGAACGGCUCUGACGUCUUCCAGUACUCGGAGGAGCACAGGUACGUGAUCCCGUCUGUGCGGCCCGAGGACGCGGGCUCCUAUCAAUGCGUGGCCAGGAACAAGUUCGGGGCUCUGCUGCAGCCGCCCACGGAGGUGCAGGUCGUGUACCUGGGCGAGGUGCAGGAUGGGGGUGAGAGGCGCGUGGUGGUGUCGCGUGGCGGGACCCUCAUCCUGGACCCCCCCCGCGUCGCCAGCCACCCCCCCGCGCAGAUCACGUGGUUCCGUGAGGGUCGCAAAGUGUCAACCGGACCCCGAGUGGCCAUCACUCACGACAGUCGCCUCGUGGUGAUGGCGAUGUCCGGAGGCGAGGCGGGCACCUACCGAGCGCACAUCCUCAACGAGCGCAAUGGGGAGGUGCGCGCCGGGCCGGCCACCGUGGUCACCCUGGGCGAUGGGGAGGGAGAGGCCGAGGCUGUUUACGUGCGCGUGGUGAUGCCACCGCGGAACGCGAGCGCCGGGGCGUCAGCCGCGAACGAGCCGACGUUCGAGUGCGUGGCCGACGGCAGGCCGGUGGACAAGGUGAGCGUGACGUGGCGCGUGAACGGUGUCCCCGUCUCCGCCGGGGUCACGGACUUCGGACGCCGCCUCUCGCUGUCGCCCCCCGCCGCCUCACCCCCUUGGGCCGGGGCGCGCGGGGGCGACGCGGCACGGGUGGAGUGCGAGGCGUCACUCAUCGGGGUGGACGUGCCGCCGGUGUCGCGAAGCGCGUACUUCACCCUCCUGGAGUCCCCCCACUUCAUCGUGGAGCUGGAGCGGAGCAUUGUGGGUACGGUGGACCAGACGAUCGAGAUCCCGUGCCGCGCGACCGGCUGGCCCCGCCCCUCGCUCUCGUGGUACCGCGACGCGGUGCCCGUGCGGCAGCUGCAGGAGGGCCGUCUGCGCGUGCUGCCCGGGGGCGCCCUGCAAGUGUCGCGUCCUCGCGAGCGCGACUCGGCCGUCUAUCAGUGCGUGGCGCGCAGCGCCGCUGGGGAGGCGCAGAGCCACGCGCACGUCAGCGUGCUGAGCUUCCCGCCCAACAUCACGCGGGGCCCCGUGGAGGGGGUCCUGGUGGAAGGGGACACCGUGGUGAUCCCCUGCGACGUGCAAGGCGCCCCCAGACCCACGCUCACGUGGCUGAAAGGGGGAGUGAAGCUCUCGCUGCCCGCGUCCCCUCGCCGCCUCGGCGUGGAAGGGGGGGCCCUGCCCGCCGCCCCCCGGCUCUCGCUGCUGGAGUCUGGGGGGCUCCGCGUGGCGCCCGUGCAGAUGCUCGACUCGGGCACGUACGCGUGCCAGGCAAAGAACUACCGCGGGGACGCGACAGCCAGCGCGCGCAUCACCGUGUGGGUGCGCACUCGCAUCUCAGACCCCCCGCGCGACAAGAGCGUGGUUCGUGGGGGGCGCGCCGAGCUGCAGUGCGGGGUGACCCACGACCCCGCGGUGAUCGUGUUCGUCGCGUGGGAGAAGGAUGGAGCCCCCCUGGGGACCGGACUCCCCUCUCCCUCCUCCUCCUCCUCUUCCUCCUCUUCUUCCUCCUCCUCCCUACCCCCGGGGUCGUCGGUGCUCGUCUCGUCGUCAUCGUCGUCUGCGGCGUCGUCGUUGACGGGGGGCUCGCUGUGGGGGGCGGCUGUGCCCCCCACGCGCAGAGAGCUCCUCGUGGUGCCCAGGGCCAUGGCAGCGGACACAGGGACCUACGCGUGCCGAGUGACGUCCGCGGCCGGCAACGACACGCGGCGAGCCAGGCUAGACGUCAGGGAGAUGCCGCACCCCCCCCAGAACGUGAGGGCGCGGGUGAGCGCCACCUACAGGAGGGUGGCCGAGGUGUCGUGGGUGCGAAGCUAUGACGGCAACAGCGCCCUCGUCGGCUAUACCCUGGAGUUCUCCGUGAACGGCUCCCCGUGGAGGAUCCUCCUGCAGGGGGUGCCCGCGGACUCCCUCAACGUCUCCACGCCGCCGCUCGCGCCUGGCAGCUCCUACCGCUUCCGCCUGAGCGGCCUCAACGGCGUGGGCACGGGGGAGCCCAGCGCGGAGAGCGAGAGGAUCUCCUUUCCCGAAGAGCCUCCGGACGCCCCCCCGAGGAAAGUGGUCACGUCCGCGCGCACGAACGAGACGAUCGUCCUGCAGUGGCUGCCUCCCCUCGAGAGCCAAUGGAACGGUCCGCUCAAGGGCUACCUCAUCAGGUACAAGCUGGCCGACUCAGGCGCUGACUACCAGUACAAGAACCUCCCCAACGCGGAGCUGGGCAGCUACGUUCUGGAGGAGCUGCGAGUAUGGACCGGCUAUGCCAUGGCCGUGGCAGCCUACAACGGUGCGGGCCUAGGGCCCUACAGCUCGCCACCGGCCCGCGAUGCCACGCUGGAGGGAGUCCCCACAGCUCCACCAGAGAGGGUCCAGGCUCAGGCCGUCAACUCAAGCGCCAUCAAGAUUACCUGGCGACCUCCAGAUCCCCUCCGCACCAACGGGAUCCCUCGCGCAUACAGGCUGUUGGUACGUCGCACCUCCUCCGUCGCCAAUGACGACGACGAUGAUGAGGAUGCGGGCGCGGCUGCCGAUUGGCUGGUGGCGCCGGACUCGGCCGACCCCCUGCACGUUGCCGUGGCGACGGGGCUGCCCGCGUACACGGAGUUCGCGGUGACGGUGCGGUGCGCGACCUCGCCGGGAGAGGGGCCCGAGAACUCCCCGCCGGCACGGGCACGCACCCUGCACGACGUUCCGGGCCGUGUGGAGAACCUGACGAUGAGCGACGUGGACGACUCCUCGCUGCGUCUCAGCUGGGACGAACCCCGGCGCAAGAACGGGGUCCUCCUGGGCUACAGCGUCUCGUGGGAACAGGUGAACACGACGCACAGCCGCGUGACGCACCACCUGGCCGCGGGGAUACAGCUGCAUCGAGUGGGGGGCCUGGCCCCCCACUCUUCGUACCGCCUGUGCGUCACGGCGCGCACCGAAGCCGGCUCUGGCUCCCCGUCCUGCGCCACCGUCACCAGCGGAGUCGCGCCCGAGCAGCCCGGUGCCCCCACCAUCGCUGCGGUGAGCACGGUGACUCCGCGCUCCGUCGUGCUGCAGUUCCGCUCCGGGUUUGACGGGAAAUCCUCCAUCCUGCGCUGGCUGGCGGAGUCCCAGACCGGCCUGGUGGACGAGAGCGACGAAUGGAGCGAAGUUUUCGUGAUGGGCAACGACCCCAGCACGAGGUCGAUCGAGAUCCCAAACCUCAACCCCUACACCUUCUACAGGUUCCGCCUGCGCCAGGCCGGCGUGGGGGGGGUGAGUGCCCCCAGCCUUCCGAGCCGCUGGAUCCAAACUCUGCCGGCGCCUCCCGACGUCCCCCCCCAGAACGUGAGCGUCCGCACGGCGGGCGCCACCAGCCUGUGGGUGCGCUGGGUGCCGCUGGCCGAGUGGCAGUACAACGGCAUGCCCGAGUCGCUCGGCUACCGCAUCCGCGUGGUGCGCGCCAGCGGGCCCUCGGAGCCGCCCGUCGACCGCACGGUGCCCGACCGCUCGGAGCGCGAGGCCACGCUGGCGCCGCUGCGGCCGCACGUGCCCUACGAGGUGCGCCUCCAGGCCUACAACGCCGUGGGCUCGGGGCCCUGGAGCGAGCCCGUGUCGGGGUUCACCAAGGAGGCCGCCCCGUCUGCCGGUCCCUCCGACGUGAGCGCCAACGCCACGGGGCCCACGUCCCUCCUGGUCGACUGGGGGCCCGUCCCGGAGGCCCAGCGCAAUGGCCUCAUCCUGGGCUUCAAGGUGCUGUACCGGGCGGUGCCGCAUCACGGCGCCAACGCCGCCGCGGGAGACGGCGCGGACGGCCGCUAUGACGGCGGGGGCGACGAUCGCGAGGAAGAGGGGGAAGCGGGGGAGGAGGAGGAGGAGGAGGAAGAUGAGGAGGGAAGAAGAGGAGGAGAAGACGCCUCGGAGGACGCGUGGCUGGCGAAGCUGGUGCCGGGCACGUGGGCGCGCCACGCCACGCUCGUGGGGCUGCGCAAGCACACCGUGUACGAGGUGCGCGUGCGUGCCUACACGCGCGCAGGCGACGGCACGCGCACAUCCGAGCCCGCGGUGGCGCGCACGCUCGACGACGUGCCGGGACCGCCGGGCCGGGUCCUCUUCCCGGACGUGAACGCGAGCGCGGUGCUCAUGGUGUGGCAGCCUCCCGCCGAGCCGAGCGGCGUCAUCCUCGGUUACAAGGUGUCCUACUGGCCCGAGUCGUCGAACCGGCGCGCUGCCAUCGUGUCGGAGCUGGGCGCCGCGCCGCGCUCGUUCCGCGCCGCCGACCUCCUCCCCGAGUCGGCCUACCGCUUCCGCGUGCUGGCGCGCACGCGGAGGGGCUACGGAGAGGCCGCGGAGCUCUCCGUCAUCGUCACCGCGAGCCGAGGUCGCCCCGACGCUCCCAGCCGCCCCGCGCUGACGCCGCACGCGGCCGUGACGGCGCGCGCCGUGACGCUGAGCUGGGGCGCCGGUGGGGACCACGCGGCGCCGCUCCGACACUUCACCCUCCAGACGCGCGCCACCGGCACGGUGGGCACGGGCGGCACGGGGGGACAGCGCGGGGGGGCGGCGGCGGCGGCGGCUGCGGGCCCCUCCGGCGGCGGGGCACGGGCGCCGGGCAGGGGCUGGAGGACUCACGUGGCGUGGAUUCCUCCCAACCUCACCGCCUUCACCGUCACGGGGCUCAGGCCGUACACGACGUUCCGUUUCCGCGUCUCGGCCACGAACGACGUCGGCGCGAGUGGCUGGAGCGAGGAGUCGGAGGAGAUCGCCACGCUGCAGGCCGCGCCGGACAGACCCCCCAGGAUCGUGUUGGUGUCGCCGCACAGCACCACGUCCGUGCUGCUCAAGUGGGAGCCCCCGGAGGCGGCGUCUCUGAACGGGGUGCUGCUGGGGUACCGGGUGCAUUACCGCGAGGUGGCGGACGCGGCCACGCCGGCGGCGCCCAGCGCGCAGCCCUUGCAGCCGGGGGGCCACGGGGGAGGCGCCGGGGGGGGGCACGGAGGAGGCGCGGGGGGGGCGCACGCCCAGAGCGCGCUGGCCAUCAACCCCUCGCCUAUGCAGGCGCAGCUGCUGUGUGAGGAGGCAGCGCGCUCCUCGCCGCACGCUCACGACACCGCGCUCGCCAGAGUCCACCUACGGGAGGCCCACAUACUCUCACAAACUUACACAACGCGCGACAGAUCACGCACACGCCCCGAUCGCAGUAAGAUGGUGAUGAUGAUGAUGAUGACGGCGUCUGAGACAAAUCCCCGUGCCCUGACCCUCGUCUCUCUCUUUGCUCUCCCCGCAGCAAAGUACGACACGAAGAUCCUGAACAACUCCUCCAUGCGGCGAUACGAGCUCUCUCAACUCACGAAGUUUCGCCGCUACGAGGUGAUCGUCAGCGCCUACAACGCCGCGGGGGAAGGACCCCCCACGGCCCCCCUCCAGGUGUACGUGGGGGAAGCAGUGCCCUCGGCGCCCCCCCAGAACUUAGUGGUACGGCCCACGAGCUCCACUCAGCUGGAGGUGACGUGGGACCCCCCUCCUGCUGGAGCGCACAAUGGAAUCAUCCAGGGGUACAAGGUGUACUACAGCGACGCGGGGCGGCGCGAGGCCGGCGGCGCCGCCGUGCAGGAGAGCGCCCGAACGCUCUUCCUCCCCGAGACGAGUGUGCGCUUGCGCAACCUCACGGGCUACACGGCCUACGCUGUGGCCGUGUGCGCCUACAACUCGGCCGGCGAGGGGCCCCGCACGGGGCCCGUCACGGCCCGCACGCUCGCCGCUGCCCCCUCCGCGCCCUCGUUCCUCAGGUUCUCGGACGUGACCUCGACGUCGCUGAACGUGACCUGGGGGCCUCCCGCGCAGCCCAACGGGGUUCUGUCCGGGUACCGCCUCGUCUACAAACCCUCGCUGCCCGUGCACGGGGUGAGUAAAAUCGUGAGUGUGGAGGUGAGGGCCGACGCUCCGCGCUGGCUCCGCGUCAAGGACCUGGCCCCCGCGCUGCCCUUCCAGUUCCGUGUGCGCGCGCGAACCUUCGCGUUCGGGCCCGAGCUCGAGGCCAACGUGAGCACGGCGCCGGCACACGGCGCCCCCGGGCCCCCGGGCUCCCCCGUGGUGUACCAGUACGGCCACGAGGUCCACCUGCAGUGGAGUCACGGCGACCCGGGCCUGGCCCCCGUCACCGGCUACCUGGUGGAGGCCCGACCCUCGGACGACGGCCUGUGGGACGUCCUGGCCAAGGACAUCCCCCGCGAGGCGACGUCGCACUCACUGCGCCCCGGUUUGCUCCGCCGGGGCCUCACGUACACCUUCCGCAUGUCGGCCGUGAACCGCUACGGAUCGGGGGCGCCGGGGCCUCCCUCGCAGCCCCUCACCACGCACCUGGAAGCGGCGUUCUACGACGAGUGGUGGUUCCUGGUGGUGGUGGCGCUCAGCGGCCUCCUCCUCAUCCUCCUCCUCGUCUUUGUCCUCGUCGUGCGUGGCCAGCGCCAGCGGCAUAAGCGCAGGGCGCACUCCGGAGCGGUGGUGAAGGGCGGCACGCUGGGGAAUCAGGAGAUGGUGAGCCUGGACGAGCGCUUCGCUGCGAGCCUGGAGCUCAGCGAGCGGCGCCUUCCCGUCAAGAACACGUUCUGCCACCCCAACGGAGCGCCCUCCAGGUCCCCGUCGGACCGCAGCCCCACGUCGCUGGGCGUGGCGGAGGACGAGACGCCCGCGCAGUACGCGGAGUUUGGCAAAAGCGACUCCCUCCUGUCGAGCCCCAGCCUCAAGCACAAGCUGUCUGACAUCCCCGAGUCGCCGCUGAGCGAGCGAGAAAGCGAGUGCGAGGCGGAGGGGGCCGUACCGGCGCCCGCACCGUCCUGCGACUUCGCCGGCGAGCCGGAGCCGGGAGCGCCUCCGGCUCACUCCUUCGUGGACCACUACGCCAGCGAGGCGCCCUACUACGGCUCGUGGCGGAGGCAGCGGCCUAACGCGCGGGCGUGCUGCGGCGAGCGCGGCGAGGCCGAGGGGGCGAACCACGCGGUGAGGCAGUACCCCUCCGCCGAGGGUCUCGCCGGUCUGGGUCCGGGCUUCACCAUGUCGGGAUUCUCGUCCUUCGUGUGAUGGCGCAGCGACUCUGCUGGACAGCUGUGGCGGAGGUGGGGGGUGGGGGGGGCAAGGGAAAGAGCUUCAUAGCUCAUCUGAUUUCCCCGGUGUGAAUGAAUAUUCUGGACUCACGCGGAGAGAUGACUGCACAAGAAGUGGGGAGAGGUGUUGCUGCGGGGUUUGUUUGGGGGGUUUUUGUUUGGCGCAAUGUCCUUGCGGAAGAGAGAAAGGUGCACUCACGUCGGGAACCUCAUUAACAAACAAAAAACGUUGUCCUCAUCGCACGGAAAACGACGGAGCGACGAUAAGACUGAAUGGAAACGAAUGCAACGCUGCAAUAAUGGAAAGGGGGGAAUUCAACCUGACGACGCGGGGGGGUGGAGGCGGGCGGGGGGGUCCUUGGCUUGAGUCGGCGGCCCUCCGCACAGCGGUGGCCUCGAUAGACGUCGCGAAGUCCCCGGUGGACGGCCACCGCUGUUCUCCGACGCGACCGCUAACACCACGCGUGGACAACGGAGCUGCAAGGUGACAAUAAAGUAAAAGUGUUUUGACGCAGCAACGCUCCACUGUCCCGUUAACGCGAGCUGUCACACAGAGUCGGGGGAGGAGGGAUGCUGUUGCAGAAACUGGCAAUGGUGUCUGGGGAGAGGCCUGCCUCGAGGACGUCCCUUUAGAAAUCGUUACUCCUGCCCUCGUCAUUGCCCGCGAUGGUAACAGAACAAACAGGAAUCUUGCCAUGGUGUGGUGACGGUGGAGGAGGAGGCUGGGGAAGCCUUCUGCUAUGAUUCUGAACUGAAUGGCAACGGGAUAAGCUGCAGUGCACCACCCCUCCCAGAAAACUUGAAAAACCAAAACGUCUUCAUCUGCCGACGCCUUCUUUGAACGUGACCACACGAGUUGCUUAUUUCUUUGCGUUCUUGGUGCUGGUUGGUGGUGGGGGGGGGGGGGGGGAAGGCAUUGUGUUGUGUACGUCUGACAAGAUCAAGACGACGGCAUGGCAUUAUUGCGUUUUGGCUCCAGCGCGCCACGGGGCGAAGAGAUGCCACGGGGGGGAGAGAGG